UUUUCUUUUCUCUGGAGGAAAUUUCAUAUUUUCACCUAGUCUGGUGAAUUACCCCCCAAGCAAUCUCAUGUGUGGAUGUCCUUUCUACAUUCUGUGUAGCCCAUAUAUGUAAAUUACUGUAAGUUGUUCUCUUUGUGGUGAUUUCUUCUUUUCCUUUCCCACAAGAUGAUGAUGAGUUUCUUAGUUUGUUCUGCAUGAUUUUUUAUAUCUGUACUGAAAGUAUAAACAUAGUUUUUGUGGUCACUAGUUCUUAGCUUUCUGAAGCAUGGGAUCAGACACUGCCUUCACAUGCUAGCUUGUCUCUUCGGAGAGCCCAAGCCUGCAUUCUUGUACAACCAAAUCCUUACUGGUGGUAGUGGGGAGUUUGAAGUCCAUAAGAGCAGUAGGAUCGGGCCCCAAAAUGUUAAUAAUAAAAAAUAGCCUUUGGACACGUAACUGAAUAGCAGAUAUGCUAGCCCUGAUAAUUUUAGCAUGUUGAUGCUGAAGUGUCUUUUUGGAUGGUAAAGCUUGCCACAUUAUGCUAUUAUUUCUCAUGUUUUUCCUUAAUUAUUAGAAGAAAGAUAGAUAAGGAGAUUGUUUGCACUGGAGCAAGAACCUCAUAGAAGUUUAACAAAGAUGAAUCUGCGUUCUGUAUUUACUGUAGAACAACAAAGGAUAUUACAGCGUUAUUAUGAAAAUGGAAUGACAAAUCAAAGUAAAAAUUGCUUUCAGCUCAUAUUACAGUGUGCACAAGAAACUAAACUGGACUUCAGUGUAGUCAGGACUUGGGUUGGCAAUAAAAGAAGAAAGAUGAGCAGCAAGAAUGUUGCAGAAUCUGGAGGUACCCCGCCACGGACUGUAUCUAGCACCCCUACAGUACUUCCAGAACCAGCAGUUAGAAAUGUGGUAAACACUGCUCGAUCCCAAAGCCAGCAGUCUUCUUGGACUUCCUCUAACAAUGAUGUAAUAGUGACUGGUAUAUACAGUCCUGCUACUACAUCUAGCAGGCAGGGCUGCACUAAACAGACUAAUGUUUCAGUGACUGAUAUACAUAAAAACUCUAGUCAGAGACCACCUGUAAAAAGUGAUACAGAAUUUCAGCAGCACAUACCUAUAGGACGACAAGCAGCAUCACACUGUAAAAAUGCCUCGCUAUUAUUGGGGGAAAAAACUAUAAUUUUGUCAAGACAGACAAGUGUAUUGAAUUCUGCAAACUCCAUAUACAAUCACACCAGGAAAAAUUAUGGUGGUUCUUCAGUUCAGACUGCGGAGUUGGUAUUGCCUCAGAAGCCAGUGAUAUGUCACAGGCCUUGUAAAGCUGAACCAAUUGGAUGUCAAAGGUUACAAAAACAUGAACACACAGCUAUUGUAUCACACAUCCCAUCUGGACAAAGGGCUAAUAUUCGAGACCCUUCUUGUAGCACACAAAACUUGGAAAUUCGUGAAGUUUUUUCCUUGGCAGUUACUGAUCAGCCUCAAAGGAUUAUGGGAGGAAAUACAUCACAGAAACAUUGUUCAGUGGAAGGCAGUUGCCUGUCUAUUGCAAUGGAAACAGGAGAUGUUGAUGAUGAAUAUGCUAGAGAAGAAGAGUUGGCAUCUAUGGGUGCACAGAUACAGAAUUAUUCAAGAUUUUGUGAAAGCAGCAGUUCCCUUCGAGCAGAGAACCAAAGCACAGCUUUGCCUGGGCCAGGAAGAAAUGUGAGCUGCAGCUCACAGAUGGUGAAUGCCAGGGACUUGCCUGACAACAUACUGUAUCAUAACAGAGACUACCAUUUGCCUCCACGGACCUCAUUACAUACAACAUCCAGUACACUGUACAGCAGUGCUAAUCCAUCAAGAAGUAAUUUUUCUCCUCAUUUUACAUCAUCAAAUCAACUGAGGCUCUCACAAAACCAAAACAAUUACCAGAUUUCAGGAAACCUUACUGUGCCUUGGAUUACAGGUUGUUCCAGAAAAAGAGCACUACAAGACCGCACACAGUUUAGUGACCGAGAUUUAGCCACCUUAAAGAAAUACUGGGACAAUGGCAUGACCAGCCUGGGCUCAGUCUGCAGAGAGAAAAUUGAAGCUGUCGCUGCAGAAUUAAAUGUUGACUGUGAAAUAGUGCGGACUUGGAUUGGAAACAGAAGACGGAAAUAUCGUUUAAUGGGGAUUGAAGUCCCACCCCCUAGAGGAGGCCCUGCUGAUUUCUCUGAUCAAUCAGAAUUUGGUACUAAAUCAUCACUUACUCCAGGAGAAGAAAUUGCUACCGAAGUGAGUGAUGAUAAUGAUAGGAAUGAUGAAGUAUCAAUCUGCUUAUCGGAAGGAAGUUCACAAGAAGAAGCCAAUGAAGCUCUUCAAAGUGAAGAUAUUGGCCAUAAAGAAGAGGAUCAAAAUCCAGUAUCUGCAGAUAAUGUGAAAAUAGAAAUUAUAGAUGAUGAAGAAAGUGAUAUGAUAAGUAAUUCUGAAGUGGAUCAAAUGAGUUCUCUCUUGGAUUAUAAGAAUGAAGAAGUUAGAUUCAUUGAAAACGAAUUGGAAAAUCACAAACAGAAAUACUUUGAACUACAGACAUUUACUAGAAGCUUGAUACUGGCUAUCAAAUCAGAUGAUAAAGAACAGCAGCAGGCACUGCUGUCAGAUUUACCUCCUGAAUUAGAAGAGAUGGAUUUCAAUCAUCCGUCUCCAGAGCCUGAUGAUACCUCAUUCAGCUUGUCAUCUUUAUCAGAGAAAAAUGCCUCAGACAGUUUGUGAUCUUUGGAGGAAAAAAAUACAUACAACACUUUUAGGCUGCCUAACAGGUGUGCAUUUGAAGAUAACUGCAUUUGUUACCUGAUAUCCUUCAAUCAGAAAAACCUGAGAGAAGUAGGCAGACCUUGCCGAAGGGGGAAUGGGAUAAUGUGGCUGCAGUUUUGCAGAGACGAGAAAUAUGGAACUUUGUGUUUGGCGAGCCAGAAAGCUAUAUAACAAAAUGUUUAGUUUUUAGCACCUCUGCCUUGAUUAGGGUAACGUCUAAUUUCCAAAAUAACUCUUACUUUGUAGCAAAACCUAUUCUGAGCAGGGAUCCAAGAAUGGAAAACAACUGUCCAGUGUUAUACAGCCAGGUAAUAUUUCAAUCUGCUUGUCACAUUAAAUUCACCAGUCCUGUUUGUUGUAACCAUUGCCUUUCCCCUUACUCCCUUCUUACUCAGGUAGGUGGACUAAAAAUUGGGAAUUCAGAUAGAAUAAUGGGCUUGUAAUGAACUGUUCUUGGACUCCUGUGAAAAUUUGAAUUAAAUCAGAGAUUAAAUUUAAAAAAUGCUUUUUUGUAUGUAACUACAAAUUGUUGAGUCACCCAUUAUCUCACCAAAAUGCCUGAAAACCAUUUGGAAGACUAACUGAAACAUUUGAAUUAGCUUUAAUAAAUUAUUGAUGUACAGAAGCAGUCUUAAAUGUUGUAAAAACUUAGACCCUCCCUGAAAAUUCUUGGUUACUGGAAAAAGAAAUGUUUCUAAUAUUCUCACUGUAGUGAUGGGAUUAGAUGAUAUCUUACACCAAUAGCUAGAGUUGUAUGGUCAUAGUAAUGCUUUUAUUGCACUGGAUUUUAGAAAGCCUGAAUAGCAAUGGCUGUGUUCAAGGUUUAAACAUCAGUUGGGUAGAUUUUCCACACUGCUUCAUUCUGUUGUAGCAGUGCCAUCAGCCAAAGACGGUUGUCAGUCCACCCCUUGAGUUGUUCUACCUUACAAAUUCCCACAGUGUAAUUCAUUUAGGGCCAUGUUGCACAUUACACUUAGGAUGUGCUAACUGCACUUAAAAUGUGAGUUUUCACAUGUUCAAGCAGUAAAACAUGCAACGUGAGAUUGUAUUGUAACAAAAUGUUAAAAUAUUUUGUGGGAAGAAUAUCUCCAGAUUGUAUUAAGUAGUAUGUUCUGCUAUUAUCAGACUGCUCAGAGAUUAUCAGAGAUAAUAAAAGUUCAAAAUUCUGGUGCAGUGCCAGGUCUGGGACUAACAAUCUGUUGAUUUUUGGCCCCAGCACUGCACUGGAGCAAGUCCAAAACUACUGUGUGAUGCUGGGAUGGCAGUCAGCUGAUUGUCAGUCCCAGCCCCAGCAGCAUCACACUGGAGCCAAUUCAGACUGCCAGCAGCAGAGACCCAGUUCUCCCCACAGAUCCAGCUGCAAAAGGCUUUGUUCCCUGUGCCUCCUUCCACUUGCCACCAACAGCAGAAACCCAGAUCACCCCAGCAUGCCAGGGGUAGGAACUCCUGGGCUGAACAGUGCUAGAGAUAUGCUGGGGAAGGUGCAGGCUCAGUACAGAGCUUGUAUGUACUCAUGGGUGGACAU